AUGGAGGGAAUCGAAAAAUGGAUUGAUGAAUUUGUCAUCAGCCGUCAACACAAUCCUAGGGUUUCUCCUCCUACUAACCUGAGAUUUGGAGAUUCCGACGAUUACUUAAAGCUAAAGGUAUCUUAUGUUCUGACGAAAAUCUCUGAUUCCUUGAUCCGUAGUAACGUCGACGAGGGGACGCUUGACCUACUCGAGAUUCUCGAGAAGCUUCAACGUUCGGUACUCACUGAGUCUCACAAGUGUGCUUAUUGCUGGACGGCUGCUGAGUGCACGGUUAGAUUCAUGUGGCCGUUGGAUCCUUCGGAGGGUUUGUUCACGGACGCUGUUGAGAGGAUAUGA